GACAGCCAAUCAGGACAGACUGACUGCCUUUGUCUCUCCUCUUUAGCUAAGGAGCCAGGGGCCAGCAUCUCUUCAAAGGAACAUGCUCAGUGCCCUUGCAUUCUUCCUGGGUCCCUGACUAAAAGUUCCACUAUUUCCUGACAGCACUUUGAGCUGCUUCUAACACAUGGGCCUUUGGGAAGUGUUCAAAGACCAAACUAUCACAUACACUUUAUAACAAGUUACCUACGGAGUCUCAGUCUGCACAGCCUCCUAGCUGUAGUCAGUUGUAGGCGGCCAACUGCUCAGACCGUGUUCUGUCAUGUAUGCCACCUGAUGGCAUUCUCGGGACCUGUUCCUGCUCUGAGGGCUUCUUGAAAUAUGGAUCUGUGCUAAUGUGGUGAGUUUUUAAUAAAAACAAAACCAAAAAAUGGUUUCUUGUAUUUUAAAAAAAGUAUGUGUGUGUGUGGGUCUGUGUGGAUGUGUGUGUAAGCGCAGGGCCUGCAGAGCCUAAGAAGGUGUGGGACCCCUGGAGCUGGAGUUACAGGUGGGUGUGAGCGGUACUGUGGUUGCUGGGAACGAAGUCCUGGCUUCCAAAGAGAAGCAGUGCUAGGCCAUCUGUAGCCUCUAAAGAAUGAACUUUAACCUCUCUUCACUUGUUAAGAUUCACUUUGGCUCUUGUCUGCAGGGUUCAUCUUUGUUCAAAUGGGAUGCCUUGAGGCCUCCACUGUGCUGUCUAUCCUUCAGGCUGUCUGUCCUCAUUGCCUUCAGAGUCAGUGCCUCCACCCCACUCUCUGCCCUCAGGGUCACCACUGGACUCCCUGUGUGCAGCCCUUUGGGUGGACUGUCCUUUACUUUGUGACACACGUGGGACUUUCCUCAUCUCACGGCCUUUGUUUGUUUAUCCUCGUGGCCUCUGAAUGGUGUCUUAGUGUUUCUGGUGCCCACUUUCUUGGGCACUUUCUGUGUGAGCAUUUUUAUUCCUUUGGAGCCUCAUUGCUGAGUUGCCUAUGGAGAAGGAAGACAGUUUUGUGAGAGACUGACCAGUGUCUUCCAAAGGAGCUGUGGCCCUUUACGUCUCCCCCAGCUGUACAGAAAGUCACGUGCUGUGUCUUUACCACCCAGCUCCACCCCAGAGAGAAUUUUAGUUGACACACAGUGAUGGCACAGAGGCAUGGAAUGCAGCGUCGUAUUUCAGUGCAUGUGUGCUGUGUGUGUGCAGCCAGCAGGGCAAUCGGUCUACUCCCACUUGAAAUGUUUAUUAGUUCGUGGUGCUUUAAAACUGUGCUAAUGUAGUUGUUCUGAACUGUACAACUAUUAGAUGUGAGCCCUACCCACCCCCAUGUCCAGCCUCCUAGCCCUGCUCUGCAGGUGAAACUUACAAGGUCAUUUAUUUGCCUUUAGCUCCUGCUGGGAGAAUGCAUAGUGUUUGUCUUUCUGUGUCUGGCUGGCUUCAUGGUGGCUAAGAUGCUUACCUACAGCUUCCAGGCAAGCCCGUAGUGCAUUUUCUGGCCUCCCUGGACUCUGCACAUGCAUAUGUACAUAUAGGCAAAAAACUGGUGCACACAAAAUAAAUAAAUAAAUAAAAUCUAGAAAAAGAUUGGCAUUAACACAAACCGAGUUGCAGUUGACAUUUUUGAGACUUGAUUUAGAAGAUGGUUUUAGCAUCAUUCUAUUGAUUGAUUGAUUGAUUGCUCUUGGUAAAUUUGUUCUAAAAAUUAUCUUAAAAAUUAUAAAAAAUUCCAUUUUUUCUAACUAUGGUUAAAAGAUGAAUUUCUGUUAAGAUGAAUACAUUUUUGAGAUUCAACAUUGUAGGUGGACUAAUACCACAGUGAUGGGUGGGUCUUAUGUAUAGAAGCUGAGUGUGUUAUCACCUCAAGGAGGUGUCUCUCUCUCUCUCUCUCUCUCUCUCUCUCUCUCUCUCUCUCUCUCCUUUCUCCCCCUCCCUCCCUCUCUCCUUUCUUUUGACUCUAGAUUGGCCUUGAAUUUGCAAUCUACCUGCCCUAGUUUCCUAAGUGUUUGCAAAUACAUUUUCCAAGCACAAAGACACAUUUCUCCCAAUAUGGCAACAUUAUGAUUGUUAGCCUUUCUUGGAGGAUACAUUACUCUGGAAACAUUGGCUUUACUUUUAGCCAUUUGUUACCAUUCAAAUUAUUACGGUCUAAAGAAAUCCUGGUGGUGGCAGAGCAUGUUAAGUUCUCAGUGGUAUGAAGUGUUGGUGGGCGUGUGUGUGACACAGGAUGUUACGGCCGGUGCCCUGGCCUGGACAGGAGCUUGCAUCUUCGCAGUCAACCCUUUAAUUAAUAUUGCGUGGAUUUUGUUAAACUUGUCUCAGAGUGUAUUUUCCUUGGGAAAUGUUUGGACUUUAAGUGCCCAGGAGAGAAGCCCUUUGCAGCAUGCACUGUGUGUGACUGUGUAAGUUGUGUGACUCUCACUAUUCAUAGACUGAACAGACAACUUAAACCUUAAACUUGAGCCUACUCAGAGGAAGGCUCUUCUAGUAGGGUCAGCCUUCUGUUAAAAGGAAAGCCCACCACACAGGCCUGGGGGACAUCCCUUGGCUGUGCUGCUGCUUCUGCCCGUGGUUCAGCUGUUGGAAAGGCAGUGACCUUGGGUGCUUUUCUGUGUAUGACUGCUUACUCCAGGGUUCAGUGUGUUCUGGUAGCUCGCCCGUCGCCUGCCUCUGGCUUCACUCUCCCCCUUAUGCUGACUGAGGCAGUAUUUCUUCAGUCUCUCAUCUCUGGGCUUUGAUGCAUAUGUUCUGAAGGUGGCCACCGUGACUUUGGGUAGCAGCAGAUGGUAAACCUUCAUGCCGCCACCAGCUAUACUGAUGCUAAGUUGGGGAGUUCACAUUUGAUGAAGAAUCAGAAGUGCAUAUGAAAGCUUUCACUGCCUAAACACCUUCUAAUUAAAAGAUUAGCAUACGAAAACCUUUGCAGCUGCCUGGGCAUUUGAAGGAAAUGAAAAUUCGUUGUUUUCUUAGAAAUGCAGAUAUUUAUCUGUCAGUGCAGUUCCCCAUUGCCAUUGCCUCCUAACAGCUCUUCCUCACUUGUCCCAGUGUGAUUUUGGCAGUAGUCGGGCAGUAGCUAGGUGAUUAGGACUGAAGGAGGGACCUUUGGAAGCCACAGAUGCUUGCACACCUUAAAUUUAGGUACUCUGAACUUGAGUGUGUGUGUGUGUGUGUGUGUGUGUGUGUGUGUGUGUGUGCGCGUGUGCGUGUGUGUGUCAGAGAGAGAGAGAGAGAGAGAGAGAAUAUGCUAUCAUCACAUGGUUCUGGUAGAUUUGAUCUGCUGUUUUCUAUCUUGGAAACUAUUAGAUAUUUCUGGGUUAAAUUGGUGCUUAAAGAACUCAGCCUGUCCCAAGAUUACCCUUCUUUGUGUGAUGGAGCAGGUACAUGUUACUCCAGUUCACAGGCAGGACUCUGUGACACGUUAAACUGAAAGUUCUAACACAGAGAAAAUUUGGUUCCAUCCAAGGAAAUUUAAAAAUAUUGUGCAUAAAUCCUAGAAGCCUGUUGCAUUUGCUACCAAAGCAGCUUUUUAAGAGUAGGAGGCGAGACUGUUUUGAGGCAAGCUGAGUAUCCAGGGGCAGGACUUUUAAAACUUUCCUUCUGAGCAGAGAACGUCUGGGAGACCAAAGGUAGACUGACGGCUUGUGAGAGUAGGUAUGGGGCUGCUCAAACAUUGGAACACGUUUGUGUUUUGUGGGUAUGCAAACUGGCAUCAACAGAGCCCAUGAACAGGGCAUGGACCUGGAUGCAUCUGGGAUCACAGACUUUGGACUGCAGCGUAAACCACAGAUCUUAGAGAACUGUUCCUGAUCUGUGCUGUUGCCGGAAUCUGUGUGGAAGCCUACGGAAUCCGUGUGGAGGUCUACGCAUGCUCCCUAGGGCUGGAGGGAAUUCUUGGAGAGCGCUGAAGGAUGUUGGGUGUUGCCUUCCACUGUAGAUGAUGGCCAGCAGGGAUCUUCGAGGGGAGGGACUCAGCUCGUGUUUGACCACACCCUGUGAAUAUAUGCUCAAUGCCAAGUAGAGUUGUCCUUGUGUGGGUGACAAGGUGUAGGUGACAAGGUGUAGGGAAGGACUGGGAAACGAGUAUGGUAGGGGGUCUAUGCUGGGAAAUCCCCAAAGAAUCAAUAAAAGUGUUGUGUUGGGAAAAAAAAAGAAAGUGAAGUGCGGUGGGCUUAGAUGAGAUCUGGGGAGCCUGUGCUCACCCACACAUCACUGGGGCAGUGGAGGGCCGUUUGCUGCACACAGCCGUGCCUGCAGAGUGGUGAUGUUUUAAUGCUCCCAACAGAAAUGACUUAAGCAUUGUAACUGUAGUCAAGUCCAGUGCGGCCUGUUCUGAGGAGAGAGUGAAGCAUCUUUUUCUUGCCCCGACUGUAGGUAAAUGGUUUGUGAGUUUUCUCCCGAUUGUGUGUUGCUCUUUCCUUCUCUUUCAGUGUGUGUUUAUAGUUCUGGUGGGGCAGAAGCAUGGAUGAGUUUGGUUAGUGACCUAAGUUGCUCUCACCCCCUCAACCAUGCUCUGUAUCACUGUGGGCAAAGAUGGUGCAGCCCUUCCUGUCAGGCCCUACGCUGAUGUAGUGUGCUGUGUAUGUGUGACAAAUGAAAGAGAGAAAUGUGUUAAUCGUGUUCCUUCAGGAAGAUGUGCUGUCCACAGCAAUUAUUUCAUGACAGUGUUAGCAACAGCACUUGUUUUAUCAUGAAAUAAAGGAUGGUUUUAGGAGCCUUUUAUUGGGAAGACAAUUGUAUCAAAUUAGUACAAAUUAGAGUUUUGUCUUUAUAAAGGUGAGCAGACCCAUGAGCAGUUUUUAAAUUGUGUUUGAGUCUACAUAUGAACAAAUUCAGUCUGAGGGUUAAAGACGCUGUUAUUUUGUCCUUUCUGCUGACAGCUUCAUUACAGAUCGGCCUACUGUUGGCAUUAAAAACAUGUCUGGCUCCUUAUGAUCUGUGUGCACGCGGCUAUGAUAUUGAUGCUAUACCACUGUUCAUUAAGGACUCACUUCAAUGAGGCUGCAGUGGAUAAAUGUGAAGAGAUACAGAUGUUAAAUGCAGUCGUUCUUCUUUGUGUACAGCCGCAUGGCUAAUAAUUUCCUAGUGGCUAAAGCUCUUGUUAGCAGGAGUGCUGGCGUGUUAAGAACGGCACUAUAAAUAACUUUAAGAAUGAAAGUUGAAGGUGCUUCUUUUAAAGACUAUUGUUAACUAAACAUUAUUGCCAAGCAGAUGGGGAGCAGUCGCCAGCCUGAUGUUCCUAGGUCUAAUUACAUUACCACCAGCCCUGUACGGCUCAGUUGAAGAGGUGUACCCAGAGUCCAAUUUAUAAUCAUUUAGGCAACACCUGUUUGGGUGGAAUUGACAGUCAAAGGGCACAUUUAAAAAAAAUCACAUAUGUUCUUGUGUUUAUUACCUCAAUGUGAACGUUGUCGAGCGGCAAGCAAACUUGGUGAGAGGAGAAAGCCUGGAUCCACCCGCGCUUCCUGCCAGGUUUUACUUGUAAUGGACACAAGGACAGAACAGACAUUCAUUUUAAAAGGUCUCAGGAAAAGCAGCGAGUGCAGCAGGAACAGGAAGACCAUCAUCCCCCGCUGUGUGCCUAACAUGGUGUGUCUGCACACAUACAUCAUCUCGGAGGAGUCGGUGUUUCUCGUGCUGCAGCACGCCGAAGGUGGCAAACUCUGGUCAUAUAUCAGUAAAUUUCUGAACAGAAGCUCUCGAGAAAGCUUGGACAUUAAGGAGGCGAGACCGCCCAUGCCUCCUCGAGUGCGCCUGCAGCAGCCAAGUGCUAGUCCUCAGGGCAGCUACAGUGUUGAGUCCAGAGGGAGCGACACAGGGAGCAUGCUGAAGGUUCUGCCCCUGAAGACUAGCCUCACCCCGAGUUCUCAGGACGAUAGUAACCAGGAAGAUGAUGGGCAGGACAGCUCUCCCAAGUGGCCCGAUUCGGGCUCCAGCUCAGAGGAAGAGUGCACAGCUGGCUACUUAACGCUGUGCAACGAAUAUGGGCAAGAAAAGCUUGACCUUACAUCUUUGAAUGAGGAGUCUGUCAUGCAGCCUGAAGGGGAGAAUGCUGAUAGCCAAGCUGUUAGGAGCUUCCCAGCAUCCCUCACCGCUGACAGUGCAAGCCCCAGCACCCAGCUCAAGUUCUUCCCUGGAGACGAGGGCCUAGAAGCAGUUUGUUCUCCUCGAACAUCUGAUUCCCUCAGGAGGUCGAAAAACAGUCCUAUGGAGUUCUUCCGAAUAGACAGUAAAGACAGCACAAGUGAGCUCUUGGGACUGGAUUCUGGUGAGAAAUUACACAGUCUGAAACCAGAGCCUUUGAAAGCACUCUUUACCCUUGAAGAUGGAGACAGUCCUUCCCAGAGUUUUGAUGCCGGCAAGAGCCAGGGAGAGAGUGAAGCUCAGGACUCCAUCAGCAGGGGCUCAGAUGACUCCGUCCCGGUUAUCUCAUUUAAAGAGGCUGCCUCUGAGGAUGUCUGUAGUGCUGAGGAAGGGAGGCCUGACCUUCUUGUGAAUCUACCUGGUGAACUGCAGCCAACCAAAGAGACUUCAGCAGUGGACCCUACUAAGUUUUCACAGGCCAGCAUAGGCAGGCUGGAAGCCCCGGAUGUGUUGUGCCUCAGGCUGAGUUCUGAACAGUGCCAUGACCUGGGACAAGAAGGCCCAGAGGAACUGAGCCAUCCCACUGAAUUCCGUCCUGGUGGUGUGACCCCAGAGCGCAGUGCUCAGGCAGAUCUUGGGGUGUUGUUCACGGCUACAGUUGAUCACAGCAGCUCACAAGACCAGUUUCUGUUUUCCAGCUUGCAUUCAGAGUCUGACAGGCUGGGGCAGGUGGAGGGAGCGGUCACUUCACAGGACUUGCAAGAAAGCCUAUUCCACAUUGCUAGUCCAUGCUCAGGUGCUAAAGAAGACAGCGCACACACAGACACUGCCACGUCUGAGGAAGUGCUGCUGUUCACAGAGCCGAGCAAAGAAGGAGACUCGGAGGCCAAGGUGCGGAGUGUGGGAGCCGGGGGAGCGGAGAAGGAAGUCCAUCAGAUCUUCGAGGACCUGGACCAGCGACUAGCAGUAAGCGCCAGGCUCUUCAUCCCAGAGGGCUGCAUUCAAAGAUGGGCAGCAGAGAUGGUGGUAGCCCUGGACGCCUUGCAUAGAGAGGGGAUUGUGUGCCGAGAUCUGAACCCAAACAACAUCUUAUUGAAUGAUGGAGGACACAUUCAGCUAACGUAUUUUAGCAGGUGGAGUGAGGUUGAAGAUCUCUGUGACAGCGACGCCAUAGCGAGAAUGUACUGCGCCCCAGAGGUUGGAGCAGUCACAGAAGAAACUGAAGCCUGUGAUUGGUGGAGCCUGGGUGCUGUCCUCUUCGAACUUCUCACUGGCAAGACAUUGGUGGAAUGCCACCCAGCGGGAAUAAAUACUCACACUACUUUGAACAUGCCAGAUUGUGUUUCUGAAGAGGCCCGCUCACUCAUCCAACAGCUCCUGCAGUUCAACCCUAUGGAGCGUCUGGGUGCAGGAGUGGCCGGUGUUGAAGAUAUCAAAUCUCACCCGUUCUUCACCCCUGUGGAUUGGGCAGAACUGACAAGAUGAACAUCACAUGGAGUGUCCUUACAGGACAGAUCCCCUUGUGACAGGAGUGGCUGGGCUUCAGGCACCCUGCAGCUAAUGUGACAGAGCCUUGGGACAAGGACCCUAAGGAAGUGAUGGGGCAGGAGGCUAACAGAUUUGCUUACACUUCUGUCUGGAAAGGAACUGCUCGCCACGCCAGCAGCUGCUAUGUGCACAUCUCGCGAUGAGAUGUAACUUAUUCAAGGUUGCGGGCAUGUUGCAGACAAGACUGAAACAUGAGUGCCUGUGUAACGCCUCUGCCAGGGGGCUGGAACUGCAGAAGGAAGGUUGACGUGAGUCAAGGACCUUGUAGCAACCGAUGGUGUUUCUGCUAAGCAAGACUGGUUUACACAAUAGCAUCAAUAUUUGCUGAGUAACACUAAAUGUGCUCUGUGGACAGUGUCACUAGUGGGCUGGCAAAGCAAAGUGGCGUGCCCAGUGCUGAGCAGGCCGGUUAUCUCUGAGGAAAACCUCUCACCAGCUUAGAGCUUGCUGGUCAAUGCUGCUAACUGAGGGGCUCCUCUCUCCCCUGCCCUAUUUCCUGCAUUCUCUGCUUCUUCUCUUGGAUUCCGCCUUUCCUACUUCUGUUAACACACAUGCAACGAGAAAGGGAAGGGGCAUUUAUUCCCCAAACUGCCAUCUUAACAGGACUAAGAAAUCAUGGUGUCAAAUAAAUGUGACUAAACCUUG